UCCCAUGCCCUCUCCCCACCUCUUCGAAGCUCCCACUUCCCUCUCCCUUCUCCCUCAUCUCAGCCAUGAAUUCUUCUUCCAAUUCACAGAAAAGUUACUCAAGUUAAUCCACAAACAGCAGAAACAGCUCAGUAAUGCAAACUGAAGCGGCGGGGAAGGCGAAGCAGACCAUACAUACUUCCAAGCAGAAGAAACCCCCUACUCUUCGCACAAAAUCAAUCAUUUAAUCAUUAAUCUGAGUUCAGAUCCCAAACUCUCCACCAUUUCUCAAAUGAACCGCCCAACUCCAAUCCCCUGUGGCCAGCUCCCCCAAACCCCCUUUUUUCCUCCAUCUCUGCGCAUUAAACCCCAUCAAUUCAACUAAAACUGCAAGAUUUCCGCAAUUCGAAAAAAGAUCGGCAAACAUGAUCUUCGAAGACGACAACGAGGACGGAAUUUGCUCCGGCUCCAUCGCCGCCACGGUGGCGGCGAUGAAGAAGAGGCGGCUGGGAACUGAGCAAGUGCGGGCUCUGGAGCAGAGCUUCGAUGUCGAAAACCGGCUCGAACCGGAUCGGAAAGCUCGUUUAGCUCAGGAGCUCGGCCUCCAGCCCCGCCAAGUCGCCGUCUGGUUCCAGAACAGACGCGCGAGGUGGAAGACGAAGCAGCUCGAGCGCGACUUCUCGGCACUCAAGUCCCGCUACGAUGCCCUGAGGCUCGAUUACGAUUCACUCCGCCGUGACAACCACUCCCUCGUCGCGCAGCUCUCUAGCUUGAAGUCCAAGCUCGCCGGAGAAGACGACGUGAAGCAGGGAAAGGAGAAGCCGCAGCCGGCGAUUGGCGCUGAGGGAGCCUGCGAGAGCGAUUCGAGCGCUGUGUUGAAUCUGGAUUUGUUUAAGGUGGAGGAAGAGGGUUGGGAGGAGAGUUGCGGCGCCGGUCUCUUUGUCGACGAGCAUGGAUCAACUCUAGCUUGGUUCUCCGCUGAGCUCGCCGCCGGCGAGGGUGGAGCUAGCUGGUAAGGAAAAGGGGAUUUCCGGCGAUGGAGGGAGGCAUAAAGGCGACGACUUGGCCGAGGCGGUUUGCUUUCUUCUCUUUGUUGAUGGAAAUUUUUUUGUAAAAUGCGAAGAAUGGAUUUAGAUUUUA